AUGUCUAGUUCGGACCAGAACCAGGCUUUCAUCGACUUGUCACUCCCAACCUGGCAGGCUGAUUCGGAUGUAACCGAGUGUCCGAUCUGCGGGACCGUGUUCAGCUUUUGGUACAGAAAGCAUCAUUGUCGAAAAUGUGGAAGAGUUGUAUGCGCUUCUUGCUCCCCUCAUCGGAUCACUAUCCCUAGGCAAUUCAUUGUCCGUCCUCCUGAUUCCGACCCUCUUGAAUCUUCGCCAGUUCCGUCCCAACCUCCAGUAGUUGAUCUUACCGAUGAUGAGCCUGCCACACCAUCAUCGACCAUCAACCCCGCGCUUGGGGGAGGCGAGGAAGUACGCCUCUGCAAUCCCUGUGUGCCAGAUCCUAAUCCAAAUCCUCUGGGCUUCGGCAAUGUCCGAGGAUCAGGCCAUCGUUCCACCCACUCUCUUUCCUCUACUAUGCCUGCCGCAUUUCAAAAUCUAUCGCGUGAUCAUCAAAUUCACGACCCUCGCCAGGAACGUCGCACUGUGGGCUCCAGUGAUCGACCACAGUAUCUGGAACAAUUGACCCAAAGCCGACAGCCCUUCAUCCCCGGAACCCGACAGUACCGCUCAUUUUCCAACCGUGAUGCCGCUCUGCCUCGUCGUCCAGCCUUUGACGAGGCCGAUUUCUGCCCGGUAUGUCGACGCCAAUUCCCUUCUCUCAGCCCGGAGCACCCCAUGGAGGCCCGUCAGGCCCAUACCCGGGACUGCAUCGAAGGUUACCUGCGACCAGCUGCAGCAAACCGAGAUUCGCCCGAGCAGGGUCCUCCUUUGCCCCCUCCGCCUCCCGAAGCCCGCAUGCUGAAAUUUGUGGCUACGGAGAAGGACUGUCUUGGUGGAGAUGGUCAACCGGCCGAGUGCACGAUCUGUAUGGAGGAUUAUGAGGUUGGGCAGACCCUGGCCCGCCUCGAGUGCCUAUGCAAGUUCCACAGUCACUGCAUCGUGGACUGGUUCGAUAGGAAGGAAGAAUGUCCUGUGCACAAAUUAUCCUAG